CAGUAGGUUUGAACAUUGUAACUGGUGAUGACCAGGUAAGUGCUGAAACGAUUGAUGAGCCAGGGGAAGCGGAUAGUGUAGCAUCUGAUGAGCCAGAUGCUAGUGGAAUGGUGGAUGAUAUUGAUGAAGACAACCUUGAUGAUGAUGGAAGUAAACUGCAAGAAGAUGACAACCAAGAUGCUUAUGAUGGCCAUGAAGAUGAUGUUCAUGAUGACCAUGUUGAUGAUAUCCAUGCUGAUGAGGAUGACAGUCCUGAUGAUAUUGAGACAGAUGAGUUACCGAGGAGAUCAGGACGAGUUAAAAAGAAGCCAGCAUGGAUGAAGAAUUAUGUAUGUUGUCAACAGAUACCACAACAGCCUGAGUGGAAAGAGAAAUUGAUAUACUUUCAGAAUAUGGCAUCACAGCUAACAAAAAUGGACAGAGAUAUGUCAAAAGCAUUUUUAAAAAUGAUUACUGAAAAGUUAUAAUGUUUUAAUUGUAUAAAUUUUGUUUUAAUUUCAGAUUUUCCUGAUUAUGCCAGAGUACCAGAUAAGUGGUAAGUCUCCAUUUGAAUGACGUGGAAGUCAUUUUAAAAGGAGGGGAAGUGUGUUACAGUAUUAGAUUUAUUAAUUUAUUUAAUAAAUCUAUAAUGUAUUUCAUAUGUUUUUAAAUUGUAAAUAUAAAUGCAUUAUUAAAUCUUUAAAGGUCACCCAAGUAGAACAGGCAGUACCUGUACUUAAUUAUUAUUGCCUUGGGUUAUGAAGGUUCUGGUCUUUGGUCUUUGGUUUGAAGUACUAGUAUUCACUGUUUUCAUUGGUUUGGACUUUGUAAGGUUGUGUUUUAUUGGUUCAGUAUUUUUCCCUCCAAAAAGUUGUUUGUUAUGGUCAUUCUUUGUCCAGUAUUUGUCCAGAGAGGGUUGUAUUUACGAAGUUUUAUAAUUACGACCUUCUGACAUUGACAGAGACAAUACUUUUCUCUCUUAAGUUUUAUGAUCUGGACAUACGUGUACAGUGAGCCAUAUUGUGACUACAAUGAAUGGGAGAGGCUCAGUCCCAUAGAUUGGGCAUUAUUCCAAAUUCCUUCAUUGUUCCAUUAUUCCAACUAUUCUAUGUGUUCAUCUGUGAAUGUAAUAAAUGGAGAUGUCAGUAGAACCCUGAAACGGACUUAUUUAUAUUUCCAUGCUCCAGAUUUAUAAUAAGACACCGUUAC